AUCCUCUUUGAUUUCAGACAGAAAAUUUCAGGAUUUCAUACAACAGAGUCCUGUUCUUCUUAUUCAAUACCGAGAAACUUAACUCCAAUGUUAUUAUCAACUGCCCAACCCCUUUCUCCUCAAAUCCCUCUUCCACUCUCUUCCUCUUCUUCUUCUUCACAAUCUUCUCUACCUUCCAGGCCACACCCAACAAUUCAAAACCAGACCUUAAAACAAAAAACCACCAAUUCGAAACCUGGGAGGAGGAGGGAUGAUGAAUCAAAGUCUUCUUAUUGGGUUGAAAGCAUCAGAACCCAAACUCGAUCUGGUCUUUUUCAAGAAGCCAUUUCAACUUAUAUCCAAAUGAUUAAUAUUUCAGACACACCCCCACCUGAUAAUUUUGUAUUCCCAGCCCUUCUUAAAGCGAUUUCAGCCCUUCAAGAUUUGGAUUUCGGGAAACAAAUUCAUGGUUCUUUUAUCAAGCUUGGUUACCAUUCAUCAUCAGUGACAGUGGCGAAUACAUUGAUUUAUAUGUAUGGGAAAUGCGGUGAAAUUGGUGAUGUCUAUCAAGUGUUUGAUAGAAUUCCUCAAAGAGAUCAAGUUUCCUGGAACUCAAUGAUUUCGGCAUUGUGUAAGUUUGAGGAAUGGGAAUCUGCAUUGGAGGCGUUUCGUGUUAUGCAGUUGCAAAAUGCAGAGCCUAGUUCUUUUACUUUGGUUAGUGUUUCCCUUGCUUGUUCUUAUCUUAAUAAGUAUGACGGAUUGCGACUAGGGAAGCAGAUUCAUGGAUAUAGCUUACGGACAUGGGAUGACAAGACAUUCACGAACAAUGCGUUGAUAGCUAUGUAUGCGAAGUUGGGAAGGGUAGAUUACUCGAAAUCAUUGUUUGAACAGUUUGAGAACCGGGAUAUGGUUUCCUGGAACGCGGUAAUUAGCUCAUUGACACAAAAUGAUAGAUUUGAGGAGGCAUUGGUCUUGUUUCGUCUCAUGGUUUCUCAAGGUGUAAAGCCAGACGUGGUUACAUUCGCAAGCGUGUUACCUGCCUGUGCCCAUUUGGAGAAGCUGGAGAUUGGAAAGGAAAUUCAUGCGUACACUCUGAGAAAUGAUGACAUGAUUGCAAAUUCCUUUGUGGGUAGUGCACUAGUUGACAUGUACUGCAAUUGUGGGAAAGUCAGAAGUGGUCGUCGAGUUUUUGAUGGUAUUACUGAACGAAGAAUUGGACUCUGGAAUGCCAUGAUUGCUGGUUAUGCACAAAAAGGGUUUGAGGAGGAGGCACUGCAUCUUUUCAUUGAGAUGGAAGUGGUUGCAGGACUUCAUUCAAAUCCCACUACUAUGGCAAGUGUCUUGCCUGCUUGGGUUCACUGCAAAUCUUUCUCUAAGAAAGAAGCCAUCCAUGGGUAUGCUGUGAAAAGGGGAUUCGAGGGGGAUAGGUACGUACAAAAUGCUCUUAUGGAUAUGUAUUGUAGACUGGGCAAGUUAGACAUCUCUAUGAAAAUCUUCAACACCAUGAAGGUUAGAGACUUGGUUUCUUGGAACACCAUGAUCACAGGUUAUGUGAUUAGAGGGCGACACGAUGAUGCACUUCUUUUGGUACGUAAGAUGCAAAGACUCCGCGAAACAAAAGAUGGUAAAGAGGAUGAUUUUGAAGAAAGUCAGAAAAUCAUCUACAAGCCAAAUACGAUAACACUUAUGACAGUUCUUCCUAGCUGUUCCUCACUAGCAGCAUUAGCUAAGGGAAAAGAAAUCCAUGCUUAUGCCAUUAGAAAUGCGUUAGCAUCAGAUGUUGCAGUUGGAAGUGCAUUGGUAGACAUGUAUGCAAAAUGUGGUUGCCUAAACUUAUCGCGAAGGGUUUUUAACAAGCUGUCCAAGAGAAAUAUCAUCACGUGGAAUGUUUUAAUUAUGGCUUAUGGGAUGCAUGGACAGGGUGAAGAAGCAGUUGAGUUAUUUAAGAAAAUUACAAAAAAGCGUGAUUUGAAAGGUGAAGUAGUGAAACCAAAUGAGGUUACUUUCAUAGCACUUUUUGCCGCUUGUAGCCAUUCUAGGAUGGUUAGUGAGGGACUUGACUUGUUCAAGAGAAUGAAAUCUGAGUAUGGAGUCGAACCAAUACCAGAUCACUAUGCUUGCAUUGUGGACUUGCUUGGUCGGGCGGGUCGAUUGGACGAAGCGUAUGAACUCAUCACCAGCAUGCCUUCUGAUUCAGAUAAGUCAGGUGCCUGGAGUAGCUUGCUGGGGUCCUGUAGGAUACACAACAAUGUCAAACUUGGAGUCAUCGCAGCUGAAAACCUCUUCCUUUUAGAGCCUGAUGUUGCUAGCCACUAUGUCCUGCUCUCUAACAUCUAUUCAUCGGCAGGCUUGUGGGAAAAAGCAAUGGAUUUACGUAAGAAGAUGAAAGAAGUGGGGAUUAAGAAAGAUCCUGGGUGCAGCUGGAUCGAAUUCGAUGGUGAGGUUCAUAAGUUCUUAGCUGGGGAUUUUGCACACCCACAAAGUGAUCAGCUGCAUAAUUAUCUUGAGGGAUUGACAGUGACGAUGAGAAAAGAAGGAUAUGUUCCUGACACUUCAUGUGUACUUCAUAACAUAAAUGAAGAAGAGAAAGAGUAUCUUUUAUGUGGGCACAGUGAGAAAUUGGCGAUAGCAUUUGGUAUCUUGAAUACUCCUCCAGGUACCACCAUUAGAGUUGCUAAAAAUCUUAGGGUUUGCAAUGACUGCCAUCUAGCUACCAAGUUCAUCUCUAAAAUUGUGCAGAGGGAAAUAAUCGUAAGGGAUGUAAAGAGAUUCCAUCACUUCAAGGAUGGUUCCUGUUCUUGUGGAGAUUAUUGGUGAGAGAAAAAUCGAAACCAUUUUUCUGCUCCAA